CAGGACUAAGGCAGAGGCUCCGUGCCUGUCCGUGGAUGGCCCUGACGAUGCAGCUCUUCAUGCUGGUCCUGCUUCCCCUGUCCUCUCUCCUGCCCCCUGGGGCUCAGGCUGCGAGCAAAACCUGAAACCUUCCACCUAAAAAUUACCAAAACCCAGGGGGAAAGAAUCAGAUUCACAAGAAAAAAUCAGACAUGUUCAAGAAGAGAAAAGGCUUUCUGAGAAAAAAAUACCCUUAGUAAAAACCACAAUUUUCUACUGGAGUUGGUCCGUCUUGGUUGGUCACUGUGGGUCAAUGGAGAAGGAGAAGCAACCACAAGGGACCUGUCAGUGCCCUUCUGGGGGCUGCCUGGCCUAAUCCGGGAUGACGUUGCCCCUCCCAAAGCUGUUAACUCCAGGGGAGAUCAUCGGGGGACAGGAAGCCCAGCCCCACUCCAGACCCUACAUGGCUUUUCUGAUUAUAGAACGCGGAAACAAUACGUUUCUCUGUGGAGGGUUCCUGGUGGCGAAGAACUUCGUGCUGACGGCCGCUCACUGCAAGGGAGACAAGAUCACUGUCACGCUGGGAGCCCAUAACAUUAGAGAACGCGAAGAGAGCCAACAAGUGAUUGUUGUGGAUCACCAAUACCCGCACCUGGAUUAUGACAAGGAGCCCCACAAUAAUGACAUCAUGUUGCUGAAGCUGGCAGAGAGAGCGAAGCUGAAUAGAUGGGUGAAAACCAUCAACCUGCCCCACACCAAGAAGAAAGUAAAGCCAGGAACGAAAUGCAGCGUUGCCGGUUGGGGCAGGACUGAAGCAGAGAAUAAUUUAACCCUGGCCACCACACUCCAGGAGGUGGAUGUGGAGGUGCUGGAGGAUGACGAGUGUAUAUCUCGUCACUAUAACACCUUCACAAUGAUGUGUGUGGGGGACCCAGAGAAGGGCAAAGACUCUGCAAAGGGCGACUCUGGGGGCCCCCUGGUGUGUGGGAAAACAGCCCAGGGCAUCGUCUCCUGGGGGUCCUACUGUCCUCCCGGGGUGUACACAAGAGUCUCCACCUUCAUCACCUGGAUACAGGAGACAAUGAGGAGGCUGCAGCCCUGAGUCGUGCCAGGAAUCGCUUCACAGGCCAGAGCUGCGCCGCUUCUGUCCUUUGGAGAGGCCCAGAUGUAGGGGCUGCUUUGCAGAGGGGCUGAGCCCACCCAGGCUGAGCCCCCCAGCCAUCGCGCAAUUCAGGCUGUGCCCAACCCAUGAGCAUCAAGUCAGGGAGUCCAGGGGAGUUAGGAGUCAGGUUCAAGGCCAGCGUCUGUCGGCUCCCUUGGAAAUCCUGCCUCUUUGCUAGGGAAACAGCUGCUUUAUUUCCCCCAGGGUGAUGGACAUGAGCCAAAUCUUGGGGAAGACCCAACAGUUUGUAGCUCUCCCCUCCUGUCUGCCUCUUGAGUGACUGUUUGUUGUUAUCUGACCUGCAAAGUCAUGUUAAAACUGCAGUUUGCCCUGUCCUCACUGGGCCUUUCCCACAUGUUAAUUCCCCCCCGGAGGGGAGGCGGAGGCACCACCCAUUCCAGACACACCUGUCUCCAUGGUCGGCAAGGCCAGCGGGAAGGGAACUCAGCGAAGGCUACUGAUCGCCUCCUUCCCAUCUCCCCUGCCCUGCCCUGCUGCUUGGCCUGCUGCAUUUCGCUCGCUGCUUCGUAGCCAGCAAUGAAUAAAAAUGAAGUU